CUCUGCGCGUCUGUCCUCGGCUUCCUCCCGCGCGGGGUCCUCCGCCCGUCCCUCUCGCUCGGCCUCUCCGAGCCGCCGAGAAUCUCUGCGGUUCCCGCCCCCGUCGAGUUCAAAAGGACCCGCGGAGCGGCGUCGGGCCCUGCCSGGCAGCCUGUCCGACUGGUAAGAUCUGCCUCUCCUGCAAGGUACUUAUCCCUUGGCAGCAAUGACUGACCUCCCGACUACGCCUUCUCCUGGAGAACUGACCACCCCGCUUCUGCAGGCCACCGAGGCCCUGUCCCCAGAAGCUGAAGAAGCCAGCACAGCACUUAUUGCAGUUGUUAUCACCGUGGUCUUCCUCACCCUGCUCUCGGUCRUGAUCUUGAUCUUCUUUUACCUGUACAAGAACAAAGGCAGCUACGUCACCUACGAACCUGCAGAAGGCGAGCCCAGCACCAUCCUCCAGAUGGAGAGUGACUCAGCCAAGGGCAGAGAGAAGGAAGAGUAUUUCAUCUAAUGAUUCUCAGCCCCAAGGAGCUAAUUCCCGGCUCCAGUGCUAACACAUCAACUAUUUAAUUUAUUAGGGGAAACUUUUUAUCUGAAGCCAGUGAGUGACACUGAUGUGGGCAAUUCCAAGCUCCUUCCAGGGCACAGGCCCAAAUGCCAACAGGACUGAACUCCCAGUCCAUGACCAGGGUCAUGGAGAAAACUGCUUAUGUUUUUAACCAGGCCAUGUAAUAGAGUUGGUGUUUGUGACUUGCCAACAAGGUGGGGCUAUACUAGGGAACAUUUGAGUAUGUGCYUUAACAGGUUGAAGGGAGGAAAAAGAGUGUCACUGGCUAUACUCUGUUCCCUCACCUGGUCACCUAGCUAUAGCCCUAGUGGAGAUAUCCACAGAAUUUCUUCUGAGAGGCUCAAUAUUAUAGGAAAAGCCUGCUAGGAGGGAUAGGAGACUCAGAGGAUCUUACUGAUAAAUGUGCUGCAUCCCUUGGUUGAGCCCCCUUUUCCAUGUUCCCC